GCAGUCCGGGGUCGCUGAGCUAGGAGGCGCGCGGGGAUUCCAGGUCCGCGGUCUGCACGUGUGUGGGUCUCACCGGUGCCUCGGUUCCACAUCCCUUCCAGGACUCGGGUGCUAUGGCUCCCCGCGGGAGGAAGCGUAAGGCGGACGUGGCUGCAGCUGGCUUAGCCGAGAAGCCAGAGAAGCUGGCGCAGGGCGGCGAGGAGGGCGCGGGAGAAGCCCGCGUGGUCAUCGAGCACUGCCAGAGCUGACGUGUGUACGCGCGCCACGCCGAGGCCGUGGGCCAGGCACUGCGCCUCGCCAGGCCAGGGCUGCCCGUACUGCUGAACCCCGCCAAACCCCGCAGGAGCAGCUUCGAGGUGACGCUGCUGCGCCCCGAUGGCAGCCGAGUGGAGCUCUGGAGCGGCAUUAAGAAGGGGCCCCCACGAAAACUGAAGUUUCCUGAGCCAGCGCAGGUGGUGGAGGAGCUGAAGGCCCGGUUGGUUUAAGCGAGGCCAGCGCAGGACUUCCACGAGGAGCUGCCUGUCCCCAGUGAGUUUGGAGCGUCCAUGAUGGAACCUGACCAAAUCUGCCAGUCACGUCCCUGAAGCUCGGGCUCCUUCCCCUGGAAUGGCGGCGCUGCGUGGCGUCCGGCGAUGUUGUUACAUUGUUAAUAAAAGGCUUUGAUAGGAA